GGCAACAUUGCUUUCGCUGUGUCUUCGAUUUUUGCGACUUGUAUUUUACUCAAUAGUCGUAUUAAAAUCCCAUUUGGUUUUUAAUUAACGUUAUUAGAAUGUGAAUUCAUAAAAAAUCAGUGAGAUAUAGCUAUGUGAAAUCAUAUUGAACUACUCCAAAACUGAUACUAGUAAAUUUUAAAUAUGGAUGCUUCAAAAACUACAAGUAAAACCAGCUCGCUAAAGGCGCUAAUCCUGAAAGCCUGGCGCGAAAGAUGGACUGAUAUACAAUGGGGAAUAAAUAUAAAAACUAUUCUCCCCAGAGGAGUCAGUGGGGACUUAUACAAUUUAGCAGACUGCAUUCUUCAGCAAGCUAUGGUUGGAUGCGGCGCAAAUCAACUGGUAAUUUCAUAUCUCAAGCAUUCUUUAGCUUCCCAUUUAGUGUCAUAUGCUGCUGUCUUACAAAGAAUUGCAAAAUUUGAUGCUUUUCACAAGCCUUACUGCAUUUUAAGCUUGCUUGAAUUCUUGGAAAGCUUACUUGACAGUGUAACUUGUCGAGGUAAAAUGGAAGAAGAAAUCUUAGCAUCAGCAGUCUCCUCAAUUAUAUUAUGGCUGCUUCAAGUUUAUCAUUACUCUUUGAGUCAGUACCAGGCAACUAAUCCAAUACAAAGUCAAGAGUUACUCGAGUUGUCUACAAAACUUUUGAAUUCCAUUGUAAACACAGACUUUUUACUAGCCAUGCUAUAUCUGGCUAAACAGAAUGAUCCAGAAGAGUAUGAUAAAGUUACUACGAAGUGUCAAGAAAUAACAGCAUUUAUGAUGAUGAAUACACAGUUCAAAGCACCACUUCACAUUCAUGAGACAUUACAGAAGAUUUGUAACAUGUCUCUUGACAAAAUUGCUCCUUUAAAUAACAAUUCGGAUUCACCAACAUGUUCCAUUCAAGCUUUGAUUUCAAUAAACAUUUUGGCAACUCCUAGUAUGGACCUACAACAGCUUUCUAGUCAAUUGCUUAUGAUACAAAGAAUAAAAGGCUACUCUUUGUCCAGACUGUACAGUGAAUUAAUAAGAGCUAGUUUUAUUUCUCUAAAUGACUCCUGUAAGGAUACUUGUAGACAGGCAGUGUGGGCGGCAUUUACAUUUUUGCGAGUUCCUCAAGUAAUACACUAUAUACAUAAUACUUGUGGAACUAGUAACAAAGAUGCGGAACACUCUAUGGAAGUUGUGGAAGCGUUUGAAAGGCUAUUGCAAGCAAGCCCUCUACUGGAUAUUGUUGACAAUAAAAAUUCCUGCAACUGUGUUAUUUCACUUUUGGAGCAAUUGUUAAAGUUAAAUAUGGUUUCUGAAAACCACUUAUCUUACUUCAAGCAAAAACGUGAGAACAAGGAGUUUAAAUUACUGAAACUGGAACCGACAGCACUCCAAGGAUGUGUACCAUCAUUUAUUACCCGAGCUGAACCGACAUUAGCUGGCAUUUUGAAAACAAUGGGCGGAGAUUUUCAUAAAACACAAGAGUCUUUGUAUGCUAUGUUGUGCCAAAUUGUUGGGGGUACAACUUUAGAUACAAUUUUAGCUGUGGCAAUGGUGGAAGGGAAAUUAAAAUUGUUUGUCUCUAGACUCAUUAAAUUUAAUGAACUUGCUUUACUUGCUGCAAGUGAAAAGGGAGCUUCUCCAACUAAAGCAUAUACUUUUGACAUUUCCUUUUUGAUCCUCUGUUCCAUAGUACAAGAACAUGGAGUUGAAGCUGUGUUGGAUGAUAAUGGAGAUUCCUUUUUUGAACAAUGGGUUCGUGACUGCAUGGUCCAUAAAGGAGUGCACAAAUCACCAGAGCAAAUACAACAGAAGUGUGAUCCUCAGAUUGUGGAUAUUUUCCUGCACCAUCUUAGUGCACCAGAUUUUGAUUUUAAAAAUACAAAUUUAAAACCCCAUGAUCUUUGUUUAAAUGUGAGUGGUGUAGUGAAAGAGAUUUUAUUUGCAUGGGAACAAGGAUCUCUUAAUUUAGGAGAUGUUAAACGAAUGUUGGAUUCUUUGCGACAGAAAAUGGCAUCAUUAGCUGUUUGUGCAUCAGUUUGGUUGUGUUCCUACAUUAAUGUUUCGCACCAGGAUGCAUUUUUGAAACCUAUCAAUAUGAUUCAACUAUUCUUAACACCUCCAUCUGAUGUUGAAUUAAGCCAAAAUGACAACUUCAAAGAGCGGGCUAUAUUAAUGGGCCCAAUCAUUAGGAAAAUGCAAUAUGAUGUUUACCCACCAUCUGUACCAAAGACGAAAGUUAUAACAUUUUCACAUAACAUUAUUUCCCGUCAACCGAUUCUAGAACAAUUGCAAACUGUCUGGGCAGAUAUAAAGACCAGAGGUUAUCUUCAAUUAGAUGCUACUCAUAUUAUUAAGAGUUUACUAAAUACAGGAGGACCAGUUUGGUUUGUAACGAAUUUAGUAAAAGAGAUAAUGAAAUACAGGCAUCAAGAUGAUUUGAACAGAUCAGUAGAAAUUGUGCUUGCAAUGUUACAUUUAGACAUUGAAAGAUGUACUGAGGCUUUGUUGCUGCAUGUGCUGCCACAAUAUUUGUACAAUUCUGAAUUGCGUGUAGAAUUGGUGGAACCUCAAAGUUCGAUGUUAGCAAAAUUAACAGUGUAUUGCAUUUAUGCUGCUCUUGAAUUCAGUAAUUGUAAUAAAGUGCCAGUGUCAAGAAAGCGCCGACAUGACGACACUGAGGAUAUUGAUGCUUUGUGCACUGCUAAUAAAGUUCGCAGAUUAAAUGACAACUCGUCUGACAGUAGUUCUAUGUAUUAUAAUCAGCAACAAACUGUGACUCCUGGACUUUUGAAAGAGCCACUCCAAUCUGCUUUGGAGAUGAUUUACAAAUGUUUCUUGCAGUUAGUCACUCAAAAAUACGAUAUUACGCCACAAACAUAUUUCAUUGUACAAUUUUUAAUAUAUGCUGUGCAAUGUGGUCAAGAAAGGGCUCAGAUAGUGCUACAGAAGCUGCCCGCUGAAAUAGUUCCGACAUUGAUUAAGACUCUACCUGAUAACUUUUAUAUCGGACUGAUAUUGCGACUUAACGAUUUGUCUACUCCUCAUGGAAGACGGGACAUGGCAAGAGAUCUCUGCCUCUUACGUAACAUGCGUUUACGGCCGGAGUGAAGUAUACGUUAAGCGUAGUCUUUUACAAUUAUGUAUCUCUCAUUCUAUUUAGAUUUAUUUACAAAUUAAGAAAAAUGUAUUUAUUAUAGUUUGUCUAAAUAAGAUAUUAGUUUGAUAAAUGACGCAUAUGAAGUAUCGAACUCAACUAAAAUUAUUAUUUUCUUGUUAACUAAUUUACAGGACAAUUCUAUUAUUGAUUAUAGUGUAGAGAAUUUAGCGAUGACAGAAAUAAUAGCCAAAUCCAAUUCGAUUACGUACGGCUGUAAU